AUGUUGAGAAAUCAUAUUUAUCACCGUGUUCGUCUUCUUCGCCCUUACCAAGUGGGAGACAGAGGGAUAAAUGGUUCAAUUUGGCACCACGGGAGUGUCCUGCGGCGUUGGAUAAAUAGGUUUACACCUGUAGAUACUUCUUCUGGCAGGCUCUGCCUUAAAGUGAUAUAUUGCCCCUCAGCCUCGAAUUUGAUCCGUAAUAGAUUACAUUCUCUGUUCCCACCAGUUAUUCCUGACUAUGUUGGAAGCCCAUUGGCAGAUCCAUUGAGGAAGUUCUCAUCACUUUCGCCAAGACGACGUAGUUCUAAUUUCGAUGAUUGUAAAGCCUCGUCUACUUCCAUCACUGAUUCAUCUUUGCCUAUAUAUUCAAAAUCACACAUCAGUGUCUAA